AUGCCCAUUUUUGAAAAACAAGACAACUUCCCUUCUCAUUGCCUUGCAUGUGCCAAAACUCGAGUACCAGCCCCUCCAGCUGUAGCAGAGACGUCGUGGACGACACAUAGGAGAUACUUGCGAUCUGGUAUUAUAAAUAUUUCGUGUAUCUUUGUCCUUAGCCGCAAAAGCUUUAACUCGUCAUCUUCCUCGCGUUCCGGUGGUGUCUGGUCUUCAAAUGGAUUACCACCAGCCAGCUCACUGUCUUUAUUUGGACUUUUCUUCUUCUCAUUUUCUGUUUCAUGGUCGUCCUCAUUACCUGCUGGUGAAGAUAGAGCGGUACUCAGGGAUGAUGCCGACGAAACGAAUGCGUGGCUGCUGGCCGCCUCCGAGAGUUCACCAUCUUGGUCCGUUAUUGACGAAGGUGUUGCCGCCUCUGCUGAUGGUGCGGAAGUCGGUGACGUUCCAUUUGUGGUACUCGGCGCCGCCAGAAGGCCUGUUGUCUGUAUUAUCGAGCCAUCCUUGCGCGAAAGUAUCAAUGUCGACUGUACCCCGGGCCGUGAUGUGAGGUGA